AUGGGUUCAGACGCCAACAAGAUGAACGACGGAACAAGCUUCAAACCCUCCGAACCGGCGCCGUGCGCCAACGGCUGCGGCUUCUUCGGCUCCGCCGCCACCAUGAACCUCUGCUCAAAGUGCUUCCGUGACAACCGGAUCAAGGAAGAACAAGCCGCAUCAGCCAAAGCCGCCGUCGAUAAGCUUGUCAACAAGGUCGUAUCUUUCCCUCAUCAAACUCCCUCUUCUUCCUCUUCCUCAUCCGGAUCUGAACCUCUUCCGCCGCCUGCGACUGCGGCGGCGGUGGAAGUAAAGGAAAAGGUCCGGAACCGGUGUUUAACCUGCAACAAAAAGGUCGGCGUGAUGGGAUUCAUCUGCAAGUGUGGAGAUACGUUCUGUGGAAGCCAUAGGUACCCGGAGAAACACGAUUGUGAAUUCGAUUUCAAGAAAACCGGUAAAGACGCCAUAGCCAAGGCGAACCCGGUUAUCAGAGCCGACAAGGUGGACCGGAUCUGA